AAAAGGGUUAUUGUCAAUUUUACUUGUAUGCAGCUCUUUUCCUGUUCGAUAUUUGCGUAGGGGGAAAGGGUUAAAAGAGAAUAAAAAUUGAUUGUUUGUUCAUACUACUACGAAGUAGAUCCAAAAUUGAAAUAAUUACGGGAAUUUAUAGUACUUUAAGCGUCUCGUUUAUCAUCCGUUUUCCAUUUUUGACGCUGUCAUCAUUCUAAUCCUUGUGAUGUACUCAGGGCAAUCUCACAUAAAUUUACUAAAUGCAAUUUUAGCAAUGGGAUUUUCCGCAUGACUGGGCACGGAUUUGUGCCGCAUUUUAAACACUUCAUUUUGGACAAGAAUUCAAAAUCAGAAAAUCCUAUUUCAACCCAUGCAAAAAAUCACUCACAAAUCACUCCAUUGCAAUUUUUCGUCCAAAAAGCACGAAAGACCAAUAAUUGAAGACAUUUAAGCUGAAGGCUAUCAAUCUCCAUAAAAUUAACAUCUAAAUUUUGUAGUGGCUUCAGUAAAAAUCACCCUGAUCGUCCAAUCUAGAUCUGGUACUGCUGUCGUGCUAAUUGCGAAAUUCAAGCCCGGGUAUUAUUUAUGCACCCAUGCUAUUGCAUUUUUGUUCCUGGGAGACAAUAGGUAUACAUUUUUGCUAUCUGACUUUCUUUGUACUUUUUUCAAUUCGACUUGAAUUAGCGCAAAAUCAGCUUUUCUCUUAUCUUCUGAUUUUCUUUCUUAUCAACUCGGUGCAUUCCCGGUCCUAAAUUGGCUUCCUGGGAUUUUCUAUUCAUCUGAAUUGAGGAAAAAUACGAAAAAGUUAGAUGAAAAUAGAUUUUCUCCUAAUUAUUCCGUGGUCUCAUUUACCAUAUCAGGAUUAUAUAGUCACGCGAAACGACAAACUCGAUUAGAAAGCUGAGACGAGAGGACAAAUUGAAAAGCAAUAUUAAUUCUAAUCCGAUCUCUCUGAGGGAGCAGCAGUGAAGAGAGAGAGGGUUGUGUGCGUGUGCGUGUGCGUGUGGGCAGUGAAAGUGAGUCUAGUAAGUAGAUUGUGUUGCAUCUGAGGAAGGGGAGGACGGGACGACGGAGUCAGGGGUAGGCACAGGGGCAGCUCAGAAUUAAAGUCAAGUCCAAUCAAAUCAAACGACAGUAAAAAAGGAAUUAAAACGGAAAAGAGUGGGGGCACAGGAACGGAAGGGGAAAUAGCUAGCCUGCUUCGCUCUUUUUUCUCUCUCUCUCUCUCUCUCUCUCUCUCUCUCUCUGUAUCUCGCUUCGCCCUACGUUGAUGGAUGGGCCCAUACAUUGUGCUGCAGUAGCAACAAACGUUAAUGAAAAUGAAGAAAAUGGAAGAGAAAAACCACCACCCCACCACAAUCUCUAACACUAACAACACCCAUACAUUUGAGCUCAGAAGCAGCAGCAGCAGCAACAUCAGCGAAACCGUUAAUUUACAACUGGGAAAACAGUUUUUUUCUUUAAAACCCAUUUCGCUUUCAAUCAAAAUUAUAGUUCGAUAUUUCCAAUAGCGAAAACGUAAGCGUAAAAAGCUUUUUAUUUGUCCCAUUUAUCGCUCAGGAAAAAAAAGGAAGAGAAAAAAAAGAAGACGUGAAAAUCCACAUUUCAUCCAAAUUAAUUUUCUGAAAAUUCCUCUCUCGUUUUAUUUCGCAUUAAAAACAUUGCUUAUUUUAUCCACCUUAGCUCGCUUAUCUCCAGUCAAUUUAUCAGUUUAUGACUUUUCAAUUUUUCUGUUCAUAAAUUCAAACCCUAGAGCGCCAUUCCGUUCAAGUUUUCCAUAUAUUUAUUACUCUCUAUGAUUUAGGCCAUUCCCAAAAACAGCAGCUAAUUUUACAAUUUUUGUUACAUUAAAUUAGGCUUUAGAUCUCACAUAAUGCAAUCUAAGAAUCGAUUGAAAGUUACAUACUUUCUGUUGAUUAUAGCGCUGUUCAAAUUGAAUUCGUACGUCGAAAGCUCCUCGCUGUCGGAAAUUCGACUAUCAGUUGACGAGAACUUGCCACCAAAUGUAAUAGUGGGUGCUCUGGGAAGAGACAAAAUAUCAUACGAAGAUACUUUAAAACGAGACAAGAAUUUCACAUUUGUUUUAUUGGACUCUGGGGAGCUCCAAAUCCGAACCCGGACUACUCUCGACCGUGAAAAAUGUCCGGAAGAGUUCUUCGAAAACCACCAAUGUGUUAUUGCCGUUCCACUAAUUUACAGCAACGGUUACUCGGAUGUUUUGAUCACAAUUAAUGACGUUGACGACAACAAACCGAAGUUUGAGAAGGAAAGGUUAAACCUCUGGUUUCCUGAAAACACGAUGGUCGGCAGCAAGUUCCCCGUCGACCAAGCUUUUGAUGACGACUCGCCCGCGAAUGGCGUUUUGGAUUACGAGCUAAGAGAAGUUAACGUAUUCGACGAAGACGCAGUCGGUGUUUUCCGACUCGACAAAUGGACGCGGCAAGGUGAUGGCGCCAUAAUGCCUCGACUUGAACUCGUGCGCGAACUAGACUACGAACUGAUUCAGAACUACAGCCUCGAGUUGAUCGCUGUCGGAGCCGAGUACCACUCGGUGCUACCCAUUACGAUUCUGGUGCAGGAUAUUAACGACAAUUCACCACAGUUUGGCCACUCAAAUCUGCACGCGCUCAUUCCAGAAGACGCAAAAGUGGGCUCAAUAGUGUCUAGUGUUGAAGCCACCGACAUAGACUCAGGCGAGAACGGACGAAUCGAGUUCAAGUUCUCGGUGGAGUCUAUGGAAAGCACAGGAUACUUCGAAAUAGACAAAGACACUGGCAACAUUUACCUAAGAGAGUCUCUAGAAAAUAAAGGCGGAACCAAGCACAGUAUAACAAUCAUUGCCAAAGACUGCGGCGAAAAGCCCCAGACUGACAUGAUGAACUGGAACUUCGAAAUUGAAGAUAUAAAUGAUUUCAAACCUGAAAUUAAGUUUCGUCCCACCGGGGGCUGUUAUCGCAAUGGAUCCUCUUAUUUAAUCCCCGAAAACUACGGCGAGGAUUCAGGAGGAGGUCGGAAUAAAGUUCUCGGUAUUUUCACAGUUGACGACGAGGAUAAAGGUCUUUUUGGAGACACUCAGUUGUACAUGUUAAACGGCAGUGAGUACUUUGAGCUAGUUUCAACUCGAUCUAAUUCGUAUUUGUUCAGACAGAAGUUCAGUUUCGAUCACGAGGAAGAACCGACUGAGUUCGCAUUGAUGUUCACGGCCCACGACUGCGCCUCGGCUAUUCAGACUGCGACUUAUAACUGCUCUCGGCUGGUCACGAAUCAAACUAUUGUAUUUGAAAUUGCUGAUGAAAACGAUAACUGGCCUCGAUUUGAGCAGCACAGCUACGAAGCUUACCUAACCGAAGAGGAGUCUAUUCGUGAACUUAUUCAAGUCGUUGCCUAUGACGAAGACAGUGGAUUGAACGGGGAGCUAGUAUACUCCAUAAGUAGCAAGAAUCAAGCUUCUAGUUUUCUGAAAAUUGACUCAAAAACUGGCUGGAUAAGUACUGUUACACCUUUGGACAGAGAGCAAUUAGGUUCUGAAAUCGAUAUUUUUGUGCGAGCAUCUGAUUUGGGAAGUCCACCCAAACAUGCAGAUACCAAGUAUCGGAUCCAUCUGAGUGACACGAACGAUAACCCACCGAAAUUUCAGUCGGCCGACAGCCAAACUUACCGACUGGAGCUUCGCGAAAACGAACCUGCAGGUGCUUGGGUGGGAAACAUAGAUGCUAUUGAUCCGGAUACGGAUAACUCGGAUGUAUACUACGAAUAUGAACCAAUAUACCAAUCGGACAGGACUUUGUUCAGAAUUGACCGAACAACAGGGAAAGUGUUCUCUCUUUAUGAGUUCGAUUUCGAAGAGGUAGCCAAUCAGUAUUCGGAUUACAAAGAGCAGGGAUACUUUCUGUUCAAAGUGCGAGCCACCGAGGAAACAAGAACACUCAGAAUUGGUCAUGACGGGCACAGUGAAAUUGAAGUGCAGGUUCGAAUAACUGAUGACAAUGACAACCCGCCCCAAAUUGAUUUCACGCGAACUGAAGUUAACGCCAUUAUUCCUUGGGAUGCGUACAAAAAGUAUCCAAUAGUCCAAGUAUUCGCUAGAGACAGGGAUACUUCAUGUAAGCUUACUUAUCAAAUCAGAAAGAGCUCGGCAAGCCAUAGGUUUCAAGUAGACAAAGACACGGGUGAAGUAUUCACAAAGAAUGAUUUGGGUGUUUAUUCCGACAUCGCAACUUCAGAUCAGGACUACACAAUCACAGUCCAAGUAUCUGAUGGUCAAUUCGUAGCACCUGUCCAGAUAUUUAUUCGUCUGUCGGCUAAUUGGACGCUGUUCAACCAUAGCAUGGCUGCCAAUGAGAACAAAAUAACAGAGUUUGCUAACUUCAUCACCGAAAUUCCUCGAAUAGCUCUUUACUUGACAGCUCUAGUUAUUUUUGUUGUCCUGAGUCUUAUUUGUGUCUGGGUGGCGUUGAUCAUCAGGUUCCGCGGGUCGACCCACCGGCGAAUGCGGCGUGAGAAGAAGAACAAGCAGAUAGCAAUGGAUAUCACCCUCCCUUAUCAUCACACGCAUAAUCAUUUGCAGCUGGAGACGAAGCGCAUCUCAGACGCCUCCUCUGGUCUGUAUGCACAUCCCUAUAGCAAGCAGAACAGUGGCGUCAAGUAUGGAAACGGACACUUGUCAGACCAGGAGAGUCCCACCGACUCACAGCUGAUGAGCAGUCAUACUAUGUCCAUGCGCAAUGCAUAUGCAGAUGCGGACGGGUACGCACUGGGCCAGCAGCAGUUCCAGAAGCAACAUCAGCUCCAGGUGCACGACAACAACGGCAAUAGCAGCAGUAGUCAUCACUACCUAAGCCACUCCCACGCCACCGGAGGCACCCUGCCCCUACCCCACCACCAGCACUCUGCAUCCGCCGUCUACACUUUCCAGAUGCCCCCCUCCGCCACUACCACUCCCGAACCCAACACCAACAGUCUCACACUCACUAAAGGCCGAAAAGGUUCCCGCAAUGCUCCACCCGUUGUGGAAUUCGGAGAUCACAGGGAACAAGACUUUUGGCUACCCAGGUCUCUUGAUUCCCAGAAGAACUCCAGUCAGAAUAUCUACUCCGAAACUGACAAAAGUGGAACUGCACCUUUGAUGCGCAUCCAGAGACCUGGAAACAUAUGUAAUCCGAAUAGAUCUAGUGCAGCCAUUGUGAGCGAAGGCGACCCUAGAAGCUCUCCUUUGGUCGUUCCUAGGAGUGCGAAUCGAGGAGGCGACACGGCAGCGAGUGAGGGAGGAAGUCCCACAUCCAGCUGUGGGAAACUCAUCAACCCGUCCAAUCAAAUUCUACAGCCGCCAUCUUCAGGCCACGAGAAGUGGAACCUUCCGAGAGAUAACUCGUUCCGACACGCUCACAGCAACAGCCAGUCUUCAACUGCUACAAUUCAGAGACAGCGAAACUCAAUGGAUUUGGACACUAUAGACGAGGACUUGCAGUCAAUCAACAUGGCAAAUGCAAACAUCAGCAACAACAGCGGCAACAACAACAAUCCGUCGGCUAAUUUACCCGAUCUGUGCCAAGAUGUUCAUCACAGUAGUUUGGAGAAGCAACAGCAGCAGAAUCAGCAGCCAGAUUGCCAGCGCCACGGAUCCUUGCCAAAUGCCGCUCUCUAUCUGGCAGGCUCGGAUAGCGGCACGCAACUGACCACAGUUGGCAGAACUGCUAUCGUUUAACACGUAAAUAUCAAUGAUUUAUGUCUCUAUGUUGCAAUGAAAUGAGAUUUUUGGUUAUUUUUGAAAUUUUGUAGAACCCUUUUGAAGUUCUGUUUAUAGCCAUGGUUUCUAAUCGAUGUCGUAGACUUAUAAAAUAUUUUUUUCUGUUUGUUUGCUCCUGAUUUAAAGAUAAUGAUUGUCGACGUUGAUUAAUAUUGUAGAUAAGCUAAAAUAUAGCUUCUUUUUUUGAAAAUGGACGAUUCGAUGUGUAUGUUAUAUAUUUUUGUUUUUGUUCUCAAUUUAUUCAAAUUUUGCA